AUGGGAGAAGCCUCAACGCCCACAGACGGGUCGGGCAAGAAGGUCCGCAAGCCCUACACCAUCACCAAGUCCAGAGAAAGCUGGACCGACGAAGAGCACGACAAGUUCCUCGAAGCUCUUCAACUGUUUGACCGUGACUGGAAGAAAAUUGAAGAUUUUGUGGGUUCGAAAACGGUUAUUCAGAUUCGAAGUCAUGCUCAGAAAUACUUCUUGAAAGUUCAAAAGAGCGGGACAACAGCUCAUGUGCCUCCUCCGCGGCCAAAGCGCAAGGCUGCUCAUCCUUACCCACAAAAGGCCUCCAAAAAUGUUUUAGUUCCGUUGCAAGCAUCCAUUGCGUAUCCUUCUUCGAUGAAUGCCAUUGCAUCUGCCUAUUCUCCUUGGGAUGAAACUUCCAUUAUGAUAAAUCCUUCAUCAAACCAAAUUCUGUUGUCACAUGAAGAAUUUACAAGUUUUCAAGGAACUGAAGCUGAUAUUAGAUCAAAGGGGCUAGCAACGAUUAACAAAUGCAGUCUAAGCGGAAUCGAAAGCUCAAGUAGAACCCUACCAAGUUAUGAGAUACCAGAGCAAGGGAAACAAGCUCCUUUGCUUCAUGGUAUUCCUGAUUUUUCUGAAGUUUAUAGCUUCAUUGGGAGUGUUUUUGAUCCAGACUCAAAAGGCCAUGCUCAGAAACUCAGGGAGAUGGAUCCCAUCAAUUUCGAAACUGUUUUGUUGUUGAUGAGAAAUCUCAGUAUCAACUUGUCUAGUCCAGACUUUGAGCCAAUUAGGGAAGUCCUAGUAUCAUAUGAUGUCAAUACAAAAACAGUAGCUGCAGGAAUUGUUACCACGAAGCUGAAUAACGAUAUGUCAAGUUGA